CUGUUCAUCAGCAGUUCGGACUUUCUAUGGGAGCUGGCAACUGGCAACCUUGGAUCGGCCGUUUUGGCGUUCAUAAACAAACAAAAUUCGACAGCUACAGUCACUGUCGUCACUGUCACAGUCACUCAAACUCAAAACAUUGCCUUUGAUAUUGACAGUCAUCUGUGUGGGCGUGGAGAGAGGACGACACACGCGUGCACACACUGCACAAAGCUACUUCACACUUAACUCAGUUCCUUUGUAUCAACGCUUGGAGGAGCUGAUGUCAGCAAGGGAUAGGCUAGGUCGAGGAGUGCGCCUCUUUGCGGAACAGACGUCUUUCCUUUUCGUGGCGUAUUUCUUUCUCGAACUCCACUCAAAGGAGGAAGUUACGCUGCGAGUAUCUCCUGAGGUUUUCCAACAGAUCUGACGAUUAAGAAAAUCUGAUCACCAGGAUUGUCAUUGUGCUUUUUCUAGUGGUGAGAGAGUAACAAGUUCAUCACUGUGAGAACAGUGCAUACUGGGUGAAGGGUGAACCUCAUCUCAUAAGAUGGGCUGUUGCGCUGGUAAAUCAAAAGCUGAAGCAGCAGAGGAGGAUAAUAGGAGGAAAAUUGUCGUUGUUGGUGAUGGAGGAGUUGGUAAAACAUGCCUCAUUCGGCGGUACAUCAAUGGCGAGUUUGAUGAGUUUACACCUCAGGCCUAUAUCCCUUCCAGUUUGGAGACACAUACCAGGGAGAUGACUGUUGGCAACAAAAAGUUUGUGGCCAUUAUUUGUGAUACAGGAGGACAAGAGACCUUUAGACAUCUGAGAAAAACGAGUUAUCCCAAUUCUGAUGCUGUAAUUGUCUGCUUCAGUCUAGACAACGAGGAAAGCUUGAAGAAUAUCCACAACUUAUGGAUACCUGAGAUGCAGAAGCUCUGCCCUCGUGUACCCAUGAUCCUAGUGGGCAACAAACUUGACCUAAGAGAAGAAGCUUAUAAGCCCGAUGGAUUCAUCAAAGAGUCAAAAGGUCUUCAGGCUGUGAAAAAGCAUAAGAUGGUGACUUACCUAGAGACAUCAUCGCUGAAUGACACCAAUGUUGAUAAAGUGUUUGAGACCGCUAUGGCUGAAGCUGCAAAACGCAAAAAGCAAAAUAAAAAAAGCUUUGAUGAUGUAUGAUGUGUAUGCUAAUGCAAUAUGCUGUUCAUGAUGGUGCUUGCAAUUCCAGUUCUUCUUACGCUGUGACUCAUUUAUCUGUUUGUGAUCUCAUUCCUACUCUAUGCGUACCUUAAGUGGAGUUUUCUCUUACAGUCCUGUUAGGUCUGCAUCUUUACAUCUGGAAAGAGAAAUUGGACAAGCCAGUGCACUCAUAUCCAACUGAAGUUCUUAAAUGGAUAUGCAACAAUGAAUAUCUUCUUGAUUAUCGACUUAUUCUUAUUACAUUGCUGUAUUUAAUAAUAAAAGCAAAGGGCCUCUAUCUGGCACUCUUUUUCUUCAAGUGAAUUAUUACAAUCUUCAUUUGAAUGUUACGUUAGUCGAGUAGAUAUAGCUAUUUUUAUUUAGGAUAAAAUAAAUAGCCCCAACUUUUAAUACUUGAAAUUUUUUUAUCCCAAGUUUUUUUCAAGUUAGCAGCACAAGUCAACCUGUGAGAUUAAUGAUUUAUCUAUGGAAGAAUGAUGAGCUUUCUUACCGCAAUUCUGAAUACAAUGUAAAUCAACUGGCAUCAAUUCAUGAAAAACCCAGCCUUUAUGGUGGCCAUUAUGUAUACACAGAUUCUGCCAAAUUUUACUGGUGUACACUUCACUUUAACCAUUUUUACAAGUAGGCACAGUAUGUUUUGAUGAUUCUUAUUGCUGUUAUGGCAAGAGGCAGAACAGGCAUGUCUAAAUUUUAGAUGUAUACCUCUAAUCACGCUUAUCUUUCGAAUGUUUCUUAUUUUUCCUGAGAAGACGACCAGAUAUUGUUUUAUUUGUGAUGACUUCCUUUGUGAUAUAAUACUUCUUGUUUUUGUAAAAUAAAGUUUUGAAUGUUAAUCUCUUCAC